AUGUUGAAUUUGCGUUCAUGUGCUCCGCUUCUUCGGGCCACUAACCAUCGACUCCCAGAUUUCACAUCGUCUGGCGAUGGAGAUUUCUUCUUCGUUCAACUAGCCGAUCCUCAACUAGGUCUCUUAGAACGAUACAUUGAGAAACGUGAUCCUCCUUUUCAUUGGGACCGUGAAUUAGUUUUGGCGAAACGCGCUGUUCUAGCUAUUAACAACCUUGUUCCGAAACCGAAGUUCGUUAUGGUAUGUGGUGACCUCAUUGACGCUCAACCCGGCAAUCCAGAUCGUCCUACUCAAGCUGCCGAUCUAAUGAAAAUAUUCGAGGGUUUGCAUCCAGAUAUACGCAUUAUGGUUCUUCCUGGAAAUCACGAUGUUGGUGACAGACCAUCUGCUAGCGACCUGGAAGAUUAUCGCUCAUUAUGGGGCGAUGAUUACUUCUCUUUUUCAUACGAAAAAUGCAAAUUUAUCGUCGUUAACUCGCAGUUAUAUUGGGAUUCAUCUAACUGCCCCUCCGAGGCCGCCCUACAGGACGCUUGGCUUCGUAAUGAAUUGUCCGCCUCUGAAAACAAGCUGGCAGAUCAUACCAUCGUCUUUCAGCACAUACCAUGUUUUACGGGAGAUCCCGAUGAAAAGGACGAUUAUUUCAAUCUACCGAAGGAGAACCGCUUAAAGUUGCUACAUCUUUACCACGACGCCGGCGUCCGCUUCGUCUUUUCGGGUCAUCUGCACUACAAUGGUGGGGGUCCUUGGACUCCCAGUGAUGGCGCCCCGCCGCUACAGGUUGUUUCAUCAUCUGCCGUAGGCGUCCAACUGGGUCACGACAGUCCCGGACUAAGAGUUGUCCAUGUGUCUCCGAAGCACGGACUUGCACACAAAUACUUCACUUUUGAUGAAUUAGAGAGCGGUGGUCCAAAUAGUAAUCAUGAGUUUUACAGCCUUUCGAUGGUUCUCAUCCUUUACGAAUGUCUAUCCAGCUCGUUUAUCUUCAGCGAGUUGCAGAAUCUUUGCGUUAGGCGCUUCGUCAUGCUUUGCGAGCAGGCCUGCUGUCUAUCGGCCCUUCUCAACCAAUACAACUGGCAAGGGUCUCGAGUUUGCUAUUCCCUUAACUACUGGCAAACAUGUGAAGACAAGACCCAUCCGUCCUUUGGCCCCUGUACGUUUGAAGUAAAAUCGGACUCCGAUUUUAAAAGGGAUUCUGAAUUUCGCGUUGCAGCCUACGGCAUAAGCCAGAUGAUAGAGAUUGCCAAGCUCACUCCCGCGGAUCUAAUGGCCAGCAACUACCACAACAUCAAUCUGCCUCCGGAUGUUUCUAGUGAGGUUCGGUUCUUCUCGCGACCAGCUCUAAGUGAUCCGACCUCUCGCCGAGAUAUUCUUGUAUUCAGAUCUGGUGUUUGUGUAUUUUGGAACGCUCCAGACGCCGAAUGCCGCCAGAUGCUGGAUAGGAUUCGGAAGUACUGCGACGCCCCAGUCUCCUCGCAGCUCAUAGAAUGGGAGGAACUGCGCUACUUUCUGACAGCUGGUGACACCUUUCUCGAUGGCGAAGACAUUUGUCUACACCAUUCGCCCUCCGUAAACAUUCAGCAGCCUGACGCCGCCCCGGAGGUCCCAAUCGCAGAUAACCUUGUCUUUGAAAAACUCGCCUUCUCCGAUGCCCUUGCAUCGUCAGUCAAACUCGCCCUCCUGGAAACUAGUUUCGAUUCUGUGGCCCUGCAGAUGCAGCCUUGGCUAGAAGUACGCGAUUUGCUUAUUUUCAUGCACCUUCUAAACGUGAGCACCAACAUAACUGAGACCCCGGACUUUUACUGGGACCGGCCGGAGGUUGAGAAGUUAUUUCAACAGUUGAAGAGUGCUCUAAGCAUCCAGAGUCGAACAAAGGUGAUUUUCGAGUUCCAUCGGCUGUACGAGAAGUGGCAACUUAAAAAAUGCACUACGUCGUCAGCUGAGGUUUGA